AUGACUAAUAGUUGGAGUGGUAGUUGGGGUAGUAGUUGGAGUGGUAGUUGGAGUGGUAGUUGGAGUGGUAGUUGGAGUAGUAGUUGGAGUAGUAGUUGGUGUGGUAGUUGGAGUAGUAGUUGGAGUGGUAGUUGGGGUAGUAGUUGGGGUGGUAGUUGGAGUGGAUUACAAGCAGCACAACCAAGAAGAGCACAAGGAACACAAUUAAUAAUAUUACAAGGAUUACAACCAAGAAGAACACAAAGAGGAGGACAAACAGCACGAGGAUCACCGUUGUUGAUUAAAUGGCCAGUAACAUCAUUAGGCUCUGCAGCUUGA